AUGCCAACGGAUUGUUAUAGAGUAGAUGUGAUCCAUUAUUUAAAUCCGUCUUUAAUAUGGGUGGAAGUAUGUGAUUCCACUGUGAGUGAAGAUGAGUUUGUUUUCGAACAAAUCGGUAUUUACGGUAUCAUACCACAUGAAACUACUAUUGAUGUAGAACUUGAGUGUAUUGUCUCAGCUCAAUGUACUGAUUGGGUUCCCGCUUCGAAUACAAUCUUAAAAAAUCUUUUGUGUAAAUCCGAAGAAGUAUGGUUUCUUCCAACUUACAUAGAUAGAAGAUCUUCAAUAUUCGAUGACAACAUACACAAAUAUGGAGAAUUAAUAUUAAAAAACAGUGAUGGAAAACUGAAGAAGGUUUCAAAAUAUUUAGUUAAAUCUGGUUUUGCUGAAAUGAAUGUAUCGAAAUUUCACAGUCAACUCAACAACGGUGAAUUAAACACAAAUCUGGAUUCCAUUAAAACACAGGAAGUCAUAAAACAAUUAGAAAAGCAUUACACGAAGUUAUCUAAAAAGAAAGAGUGGGAGAAAUCUAUGAGAAAACAGACAUCAGUAUUCCAAAUGAAACAGAAAUUUGAAUCCGAGUUAACAGUAUCAAAUCUAGAAAAACACAAUAAUAGAAUGAUAAAAACGGUAAUAGAAAAUAAGAGUAACGAUUUUGAUCUUUGUAAAGAUGUAAACGAGAAACCGUUAGGACGAGGCUUCUAUAAAGCGGAUUCUAACAAGACUGAGUUAAAGUCGAAAUUAUUAAAAAAGAAGGCAUCAUAUCACAACAAAACAUCAUUUGAUGAUAUGAAACAUUUCCUGGACAAAAAUUCAAGAUCUAAGUAUGAUGAUGCAGAUUCAAGUGAACCAGACAAUAAUCAGAAUGGUUUAAAAUUUUUAAAUGGAAGAUUAGGAAAGACUCAUAAUAUAGAACAGAGAAUUCUGGCACACGACAGAGCUAAAAUACAAAAGGCUGCUAACGGUUGUGACAAUUUAUAUAAAAAUGAUGAUCAUGAAAAAUCAACACAAAGAAGAUUUGCAAAAAUCAAAGGAAAUAAACAUGUUUCAGAAAAACUUGUAGCAUUUGGACCUCCAGACCUAGAUCCUUUUAAGAUGAAAGUUGAGAAAGUACCUGCUUUGGAUUAUAAUAUAGUUGCUGAUGAAGUACAGCCUCAAGAAGAUUGUAUAGACAAAGAAGAUUUUGGUAAAAUUGAUUCUGAAGUUGAUUAUCAUGUACCUAAAGGGAUUUGUGAUAAUUCAGUACAUACUGAGGCUAAAGCAAGUGACAGUGAUCAAACAAUAUUAAGUUCUGUGUUACAACGACGAUUAAAAGCUCGCGAUAGUGUUAGGAAUAACGAAAGCAGUAUAUCAAGCACAGAUACGAACACAGAAACGUCUAGUGUCGGCGAAAACAAGGAAUCCUUUGACGACGAUGAAGUUUUGGAAAUUAUCGAUAAAAGAUACAAAAAACCCCCAUCACUAAAAGUCGAUAAAGUCAGCGAUUCCGUUGAUAUAACGUUGAAAAAUAACGUAAAUCCAUUCAAGAAUGUCGAUUCUAGCUUGUCCGUGUUUGUAGAUAAAUUAGUGACACCCGUCUUAAUGGUUCAUUCGAAGAGCAAUAAACGUAUCGAACCCGUCUUCCAGAUGAGAGAUAUACAUUUUAAUGAGCAUAUACGACUUGUGCUGAGAAAUAUGAACAUCGAAAAGCUUAUGAUGGUACAGACUGUGUCUUGGAAUGCGAUUUUGAGGGGUUUCAGUGUAUUCAUGGUUAAUCCCAUGGGUAGUGGUAAAACUAUGGGUUAUUUGCCUGCUGUUUGUCGAUUAGUUAGUGACGGUGGUGGUGAUAUAUCGAAUAGUUCAGGCCCUAUGUGUAUUAUAGUUUGUGCUACCGCGAAAUCUGUGGUAGAAGUCGAGAAAUUGGCUAAAAUGUUCCUUGGAUUGGACGAAAAAGUCGUGGCGUGCUAUGCCGGUGUUGAUGAAACGUAUAUUACAACAGCUUUAUUGAAUGGAUGUGAUUUAUUCAUUAGUACACCACCAGCUUUAGCCCGGUUGUUGAAAAUAAACGAUUUUGGUAUAGAUUUAAAACGUCUCUCGAUGUACGUGUUAGACGAUUGCGAGCGAUUAACGCAGAGCUAUAACGAUGAACUCAAAUUCUUUCAAAUUAAAAUCAAUACCAUGCUGAAAAAUCGAGUUAACAAAGAGUUAAAAGUGCAAUACAUAAUUGCAUCCCGUAUUUGGUGUGAUUUUAUGGUACCGUUGGCAAAAAAAGCACCCGAUACGAUAAUAUGUAUCGGAGCGUUUCAAGAAUGCGUGCUUUAUUCAAAAGCGAAUACAUCAGUCAGCUUUAUUAAGAGCGAAAAUAAGAUGGAGCAUGUUUUUGAAUUCUUGGAAACGAUAGACGCUUCAAAGAAAACUGUAAUAGUUUGUUCCGAUAACGAUGAAGUGGAAGUAUUGCAAAUAGCUUUGAAGAAAACAAAACGCGUUGUUUUUGCUUGUGACAAUAAUAUGACUGUUCACGAUUUAUAUAGUUUAAGUGAAGCGUGGGGAGAUUAUCGAGAACCGGUUUUAGGACCUAUCCUUGUGUGUUGUGAUGGAAAUUUGACCCAUAUGAAUGUAACCGACGCACAUUAUCUAAUACACUACUCGAUGCCGCAGUAUUUUUCUUCGUUUUGCAAGCGUUUCUCCGUCUUAAACGACAAUUACCCAUCAAUUUUCAAAGAUAUUAACGAUAAUGUUAAAAUUAAAAUUCUUCUAGAAGAGAGUAACGCGCAACAGCUACCAAAAAUCGUGAAUUUUAUCAAACGAUGCACCGAAAAUCUUCCGACGUUCUUAAAUAAUGUUUGUGCCAGUAUACUAACUAAUAAAGAUGUGAUAAAAGCUCAAAAAUUGGUUCCACUUUGCGAUAACUUACUGCAAUUAGGCGACUGUCCAGAUUUCUAUAACUGCCACGAAAGGCAUACAAUAUUAAAAGAUGCAGAUACUCCCAAAGAAUGGGUACCGAAAAAUGGUGUUAUAACAUUCAAAAUAAUACACUAUCAUACAGCAACUUUAUAUUCAGCCAGACUUUUAACAGUAACUGUUAAUGGCACAAAUUCAAAGUUUCCUCAAACAUACAGUACGCUUUCAUUAAAAAUGGGCAUGUAUUUCGCCAACGAAACUCAUAGAAAACUGCACGGAAUGCCAGAAAUUGGAGAUAUUUGUGCCGUAGCUAUGAAAGUUAACUUCUACGCGAGGUGUCAAGUACUCAAAAUAUUGUCGCGAUAUCAGAGAGGAAAUCCUAACAAAGUCUUGGUUAGAUUAAUAGACGAAGAAAAGUAUGAAAUAACUAGAGACAUAUAUCUAUAUUAUUUGCCGGACGAUUUGAAAGAGAUAGAAACAAAAGUUGUACAAGUAAGACUUGCUAAUUUAGAACCCAAAGACAGAGAUAUAACUUUCUCUGAUCUAGCUCGAGAUUAUUUAAAGAAAUUAACUGAUGCUGAUGAUGAAUUGUUUAUGAGGGGUCAAGUGUCACUGGCGGUCGGAAAUUGUGUUUUUGUGACAACCCUAGAGGCUUGCCAAGAAUUAUCGUCUCUGAAUGAAACGGUCGUAAAAUAUAAUUUUAAGCAUGAACUUCUAAAGAAUCAUGCUCUUAUAAAUUCUGAACAUUUAAACAAAAUUAAAGCUCUCUGUAAAAAUAGUGGAUUGAAUGUUGCAGAUAGUACAGUUGACGAUAAUAAAACUAAAGAUGUAACAUUGAAGAAUACGCAAAAUGUUUCCUGGGCUCAUUUAGACAGCGAAGAAAUGAACAAUGUGUUUUUUGCUUCCGCCAUAAAUCCAUCAAAUUUCUUUGUACGUUUGGAAAAAUUUGAAUCCUGUAUGAUUAGUCUGUUGGAAGAUAUAAAGGUUCAUGUUGAGAAUAACACAGAACAAAUCAGUGAUAUAAAAGAAGGAGAUAUAGUUUUGGCUGAAUUUCCUGAUGAUAAAACAUACGAAAGAGCAAGAAUCGAUACAAUUAAUGAAAACAGAGUAAAAUGUUUUUUCGUAGACCAAGGUGAUUGGAGGGAGAUUGAUAUAAAAAGCAUUGUUCAAAUACCGGAUAAAUUCAUAAAUAAAUUACCGUUCCAAGCUAUCGAAUGUAGAUUGAUUGGUGUAAAACCUCUAGGCGAAGAAUGGACCGAUUUCAGUACGAACUGGUUUUAUGAUAAUUGCUUUGAAGGCAGCAGUGAAAAUUUAAAACAUUUAUUUGUUAAGUAUUUCACGAAAGAACCAGCGAAAUACACCGGCGGAAACAAAUAUGGCGUUGUUUUAAUAGACACUAACACGGAACAAGACGUCAUUAUAAACGAACUAAUGAUUGAUCUAAAUCUCGCUCAAGAACAAGAAGAGGAAUUAAAGUACUUUGAUAAUAUUCACACAGAGUUAAAGAAAGAUAUACCUAAGUUACAGGCUGAUAACGAAGAAAACUAUGAAAAUACUAUUUGUGAGAUUAAUGUUGUGAAUAACUCUAUCAUUCCAAGACCCAUACGUUCAGUACCUUUAAUAAAUUCGGAUGACGAAUCAGAUGAUUCAGAUAAAUGGGAAGUCAAUAUCAGCGCUAAUAACGCUGCAGCUUUAUUUGGGAAUAUGACAGAUAAAUGUGCAAUUACUAAUUGCGAUGAAAAAACAUCAAAAACAUUUAGCGAAAAGAAUUCUCCAUCUGAAGGAAGCAAAGUUGUUAAACAAGAACCAUCUGAAGGAAGCAAAGAUAUUACACAAGAAUUAGAUUCGGAUGAUUUAAGUUCACCGGAGCUAUCAGAAAUAUCAAAAACUCCAGUAAAACGGAACAUUAUUAAGGAAUUAGACCAAAAACGACAUCCAAAGAUAAUGUGGCAUCAAAAUAAAAGCACCAUAUUCGUUAAAAUACAACUAGUUGUUGAUGAUUACGAUUUACUUAUCGACGAUAGAAAAUUAGAAUUCCUCGCGUUCACAAAUGACUUGAAAUACGAAUUCGACUUAGAACUAUUUGGUGUUAUUAAAACUGAGAAUUCUACACACGUUAACAAAGGACAGUAUGUGUUGGUUAAACUCGUUAAAGUGUUGAACAAGAAUUGGUUAACGUUAACAAGGAAUGGUGAUUUAAAAUGGGUAGUUUACGAUGUGGACUUCAUUGAUACGUCAUCAGAUGAAGAAACUAUCGAUAGAAGCUCGAUGAUGAAUAUCGUUAAAAGUUUAAAUGACAAUGACACAGAUACAGAUGAUGAUCAAUUUUGUGAUGAUGCAAAUUUUACAUACAAAAAAUAG